UUGUUUGUUCUUUCUAUGCUCACGAAGAGAUUAGAGAGAUUGAGUAAAGGGCAGAUUCGGAAACGUAAUGGGGGCAAUAACGACGGCCGUGAUAGCAAUCGGAGCGGUGGUUGCAGGAUGGAUCACCAUCGAAAUAGCUUGCAAACCUUGCCUGGAGAAAGGUCGGGAAGCCAUUGAUCGUUCUCUCAAUCCUGAUUUCGAUCCUGACGAUGAAGUCUCCGACAUUCGUGCUCCUCUAAAUCCCAACCCCAAUUUCACGCCAGAUCUUGACCAUACAAACCCUAACCAUUCAUCUUCCACCACUUCCGAGGUCAUCAAGGCCGUUUAAUUUCACCAUCCUUCUUUCCUCGUAAUUAACGGGUUGUUGGGAGUUAAAAGAUUGUAUGGAGCCGAAGGCAGUGGGUGAGUGUUGGUGUAUCACUGUCAAAAAGGGAAUGGACUUGUCGUAUGGUCAAUAGAGAGGAGCUACUAAUUUCUUGUAACUCAAGCUCGAGAUUUGGAGAAAAUUUUGAAUUUGUAUUUGUAUUUUUUGAAAAAUUUACAAAUUUCGAGAAUAUUUGAAGAAAUGUUGACAUUGUAUGUUUGAAUGAUUAUACUUUUGUUUAUCCUUUGAAA